GUGUGACAAUGGAUCCAGACACUGGUAAAGUGAAUGCUCCAGAGGAAGUGUGGGCAGAAUUUUAUAUGAAAAAUAAAAGGGAGUACAAGUCAAUACGAAAGGAAGGUUGUGAUCAUUUUCACAUUCUUUGUGAAGUUUUUGGUGGGACAACAAUAAUAGGUGAUAUGCAUAGGGCUUCUACUCAAUUACCUCCCACAUCUGAUGAAGAGAGAGAGCUUGAAGAAGCAUUCAUUAAUAGAGGUGUUAACUCAUAUGUUGAAGUCAUUGAUGAUGAGAAUGAGGAUGUCGGAGGGGAACCUAAUAAUUGGCGGCAGCGUGUUGCAGAAUCAUCCAAUAGUCGUCGACGUAAAGAUCCUAAACAUUCAAGAAUUGAAAAGUAUGAGGCUUAUAUGGACAAGUGGAGUAAUACCAUGGAACAGCUGAGUGGAGAAUCUAUUUCUAGACAAAAAAUACUUGGAGUUGAGGGCUGCUAA